AUGAACAGCCCCCCCCCCCCUCUCCCACGGGAGCCCCCUCCUCUCCCAUGGGAGCCCCCUCCUCUCCCACACGGGUCCCCCUCCUCUCCCACACGGGAGCCCCCUCCUCCUCUCCCACGGGAGCCCCCUCCUCUCCCACACGGGUCUCCCUCCUCUCCCACACGGGAGGCCCCUCCUCCUCUCCCACGGGAGCCCCCUCCUCCUCUCCCACGGGAGCCCCUGCCUCCUCUCCCACUGGAGCCCCCUCCUCUCCCACACGGGUCCCCCUUCUCUCCCACACGGGUCCCCCUCCUCUCCCACACGGGAGCCCCCUCCACCUCUCCCACGGGAGGCCCCUCCUCCUCUCCCACGGCAGGCCCCUCCUCCUCUCCCACGGGAGCCCCCGCCUCCUCUCCCACUGGAGCCCCCUCCUCUCCCACACGGGUCCCCCUUCUCUCCCACAUGGGCCCCCCUCUUCUCCCACGAGAGCCCCCCCCCCUCUCCCCUCCCACGGGAGCCCCCUCCUCUCCCACACAGGUCCCCCUCCUCUCCCACACGGGUGCCCCUCCUCUCCCUCUGAAAGCCAUAACCCGGAGCUGUGUCCCGGUGGAUUAGCAGGUCGUUAGCUCAGGAUGCUAAAACAGACCACUGAUGUUCCAUGAAUGACGCUGCUACAUCGGUCUAACCCUAGCCCCCCGGCCCCCGCCCCCACCCGUGCAUGCUCCUCCCGCCCGUCGCAGCCUAGCGGGAGCUGAGGCGCCGUAGUCCGCCUGACGCAAUAGACGAAGAGCCCCCCCCUCUUCUACGACCAUAGCUGUGACGCCGUCCGCCGGUAACCCACCAGUGAAAAUGUGCACAAAAGAGCAAAAAUAAAAAAAAACUUCCUGUUGUGACUUCUUUCUUUUACUCCUCCUUCCCUCCUCUCUUCCUUUAAAGCCGCCCUCCACCCUCGCCGCGCACGUCGCUGUCCCCUGUAGCGCGAGUAUAAAGCCACUAAAAGCUGUGCAUGUUUUCGUCCUGUUGAAGCUGUGACCGUGUUCAUCUCCUCCUCCGCUCACACGCGUCUGCUGCGCUCCUUUUAUUACACUUCUUUCCUUCUGCGCUUGGAUAGAGAUUUUAGGGUUGCACAGUUGUCCAAACCCCCCCACCCCCCGACUCCUGUACAGCAGGACAGUGCUCAGUGAUGGUUCAUCAGCGCCUGAAGAGAAGGUUUCAGCUCCACUUGGGCUCCUCCCGCAGCAACGCUCCUCCCUCUCCUGGUCUAGUGUCACAGCAGAUUUUACUGUAAAACCAUUUUAAAUACACACUUUCCAGACAUUAGCCAUUCCUUAGACAGUAACGUUACUCACUCGGACAAUUAAAAGUCUGCUAGAGAAAAAAACAAGCAUGUAAAACUAAAGACGCGCGUGGAUGUGUGGCCUCGGUCUGCCGGUUAGUCCGGUCAGCAGACGUGAGCGCGUAGCGCUGCAGAAGGUUUACCGUUACCGUUGCAGAGCCGGGCCGGGUCGUGUCCCGGGUUCUCCCCGUCAGCAUGUCCCACGCCGUGCCGACACCCGCCUGCUCCUCCAUCUGGACUCCCACCUUUUUAUUUUAGGUAUGAAUGGUUAUUUAUCAGACUUGUGAUCUACCGAAGACACAUGCCAGUGGAAGUGUAUUCAUAGUAACUGUAAAAUGCUAUAAACAUAAAUGUUUGUUGUAAAUGUCAUGAGUUGUACAUUUGGAGGACUCAGCAGAUGAUUAAAAGAUGAUAGCUGGUGA